UUGUAUAUGUGACAGAAAAUGUAAAAUUUAAAGUAAUUUUAUCUGAAAAAUUUCACAAAAAUACCACACAAAAUGGACUAGCAUACUAUAUCUUGAAACAAAACCCACAUAAUGGAUCUGAGCUCAUCCGUCCUCGGUUGUGUACUCCUUCUACAGAUGUCUGUGAUCCUGGUAAUGCUCAACCCUGCAUACGAUUUACGAAAAAUCAGAUCUUUAUUUUUCACAUCUUCUAGAAUCUGCUCUCUAACAAUCAUCAGUUAUUUCACCCUAGUUGUAUAUCUCGGCAUGUACGUACCGUUAUUGAAUAUAUCAAAACUAAUAUCAAACGAGUUUACCUGCGACUACGAAAAGUUGACGAUAUUGAGUCGGAUCGAGAAAAACUAUAUAAUCGCCGGAUUCUCCCUUUUCCUGUUUAUCGUCAUGUAUGGAGUUCGGGCUUUAGAUAUAUAUGCCACACGAAUCGCGCAAAUGUUAGUGAAUACAAAUGACACAAUUUUCACACAACCUUUGUUGAGAGAGAGAAGAAGCCAAGGAAUGACACCGCUUUCACAGGAAAAUAUCUUGCCAAAGUUACUAAAAAUAAAAAGGUCAGUUUCAUAUGAAACAAUUUUAUUUGCAAAAGAAUUCCGUGCACUGAAGGCUAUAUUAAAAAACGCUAGAAAAGAUUCGACGGACAAAAACUGAACAGUAAACAUGCCAUAUUGUGUUUUGAAUUGUGAAACUAUAGUAUAUAAAGAUUACGAAGAAUUUGGGAACUCUUUGGAAUUACAAGGAGUAAGGGCGACGCGAAAUAUUCGAAGAGACAAGGCUAUAAAAAUAAAAUGCUACAUCGCAAAGGGAGAAACGUCAAGUUGGAAUGUAGGGUGUGGAAAGAGGAUGGGAAAUCGAGUUACAUAAGUGUAUUCCACUAGAAUAAGGCGAUAGGGCAAAAUGUGUGAGAGAACUUCUGGCAGUCACAUAAAUUAUAGGUCUUCUUCAUUCUUGUAAACUUUGUAUUACGUUUCCAAAUAAUGCACAUACAAAUUAUUAAUAACCAAAAGAUCAUCAUAAUGAAUAACUUUUCUCUAAAAUAAUUGUUUAAAUUGUAUAUUGUAUUUUUGUUACCACCGCAUAUAAAAUUAUUUCCACAAUAUAUCUAAGAUUUUUUUUGUUAAUUAACAGUCGUACUGGUAUUCACAAUUAAAUCUACAUAUUGACAAAUAUCUUGAAAAAUAACUAAGUGGCAUUAGUCUAGGUCUGAAAGAUAUUUCACUUACUAAUAAAACUAAUGUUUGAAGCGCUGACUCAUAAUAGGUUUUGCUAAGAAGAAAACUUAUGAAAACUUAGAUUUUUUCGUACACAAAGUGCUCGUAAAGUAAUAGUUUUCGAAUUCAUUUCAUUGACUGUGCUCAG